AUGUUCACGGUAUUCAAGACUUCGGGAAUAGAAGGAAGUUAUUCUGUUUCUUCAAAUCCCCUAUUUGUUUGUGAUGACUGCUGGACAAUAUAUCCUGCCAAGCAUAGAACUACUAAGAAGAAGGCUUCUGUAUGGCAGUUCAAUAAACGAGAUUAUGAGAGUCGACUAGCCCACGAUGGUGUGAUAAAUCGUUCCAACAGAGAUCUUGUGAUGUCCGAUAUCUACAGUAACUUGAAGAAAUACAUCUCCAACCUUUCCAAACUCAAGCAUCCCAACUUCCUUACGGUGAUCGAACCACUUGAAGACCACAAGAAUAGACUACUCUUCGUCACUGAAUAUGUCGUCAAUAGUCUUGUCACCUUGGAUAAAUCCACCCUUGAUGAAAUUAUAGUUACAAAAGGUCUACUUCAGGUUGCUACCGGACUUAAGUUCCUCCAUCAAAGCAUCUCAACUGUGCAUCUCAACAUAAACCCGAAUUCUAUUCUUCUCACCGAGAACUUUGACUGGAAAAUCUCCGGACUUCAAUUUAUAAGGGCCUUGGUGAAUGAUACAGUGGCCGAGAAGUUUGUUGAUCCUCAGGAUUCACGAAUGCCGCAGUUUCUAAGCCUUGACUUCAGAUUCUGCUCUCCAAACUUACUUCUGAAUCAUAAUGUUGAUUACAUAGACGACUUGUUUUCAUUGGCCUGUCUAAUCUUCUAUCUAUUCGACGAUGGGUCGUCUCUUAUUAGGUGCGAUAGUUCAAGUCUUUUGGAUUAUGAGCGUUCGUUCAAUCGGAUAAAACAGCUUCUAUCCUCUGUUCAAUCUACUGGCAACCUUGAUCAUCCGUUCUUUCAGAGAAUACCCACCAAUUACAAGCAGGUGUUUUUUUCGUUGAUUCAGAAGACCCAACAGUCCAAUAAAGACGUCAUACAGCUCCACAAACCGUUUAGUGUAGACGAUUUCAUCAAUUCCUCGAUCUUUAACAACGAUCUUAUUAGAAUUCUCAACGUUGUCGACGAAUUCCAGGCUCUUCCUAAUUCUGACAGAGUUCAAUUCUUGUCAGGACUUCGAAAUCAGAUCAACAGCUUCCCUAAGGCUCUACUUAUCAAUAAGUUUAUCCCCAUUCUUUGCCAGGCUGUUGAUCCUUAUUUGGAAACCGCCAAGAAACUUCAGACUGACGAUGAACAGAUCAUUUCUCUAAGCAUCGAGAAUUUACUUCUAUUGAGUAAGACAUUGUCCCAGCUCACCUUCACCGAUAAGGUGUUUCCGGUGCUAAAUCGUUGCCUAGAAUCAUUGGAUCUGAACUCCGUUAAGUCCUUGAUAAUUACUCAUUUGGACAUUGUCAAGUCGAAACUUGGUGUUACCGAUCCUCAUCAAGGCAUGAAAUCAAAGCACUAUCAGAACUUUCAAAAGUUGCUUCUGCAGCUUUUUGAUAAAUCGAUCUCACAUGGCUCAAGUGCUCUUCCAUCCUCUAUAAAGCUUCAGGAAACUCUUUUGGAUAACUUGAAGAUGUUUUUGGACUACCAAUCGUACUCUACUAUUACUAAUAGGCUGUUUCCAGCCAUCAGUGACUUGUUUAGUACUACUACUUCCCUUAAAGUGAAAGUCCUAACUAUUCAAGCAUUUAUCUUGAUGAUCAAUGGAAUGGAGGAGAAAAACUUGGAUAACUAUAUCAUUAUAGAAAAGAUAUUACCAUUGAUUCGAAAGACCCAAGAAUCGAAUCUUAAGAAUGCUGAUUUGCUUGCCAACCUGGUGAAAUUGUAUGUGCAUCUCUUCAGAAAGUUACGAGCUGCUACCGGAAAGCUUUCUAUUGGUGGCAACGAGGUUCAAGUCAGCGAUUUGAUUUUGGAGGGGGUCUAUUUCGAGGUUUGGAAGCUAUCUAAAUUUGUAAUGGCCGGAGACGAAUUGAAGGAGAUUUUUCGGUUGCUUACAGAGAUCGACGGGUAUUUGAGAGGGUUGAUAAAGGUAAGAGUAGGAAGUAUUCCCCAGAUCAAGCAGGCGCUGCAGGAGCCGCAGGAGCCGCAGGAGACGCUGCAAACGCUGCAAACGCUGCAAACGCUGCAAACGCUGGAGCCCAGAACGCCAGCACACAGAACGCCCAAAAUGGCUCCUCUUCACCUUGAAAAAACACCAAAUGUACGCUUUGGUGCCACUACCAACGCCUCAUCCUUUCAUCCAAUCAUAAAAGCACCUCAAGGGACAUCUUUCAUGCAGCCAAUGAAAGCCACUAGAAUUGGUUCUUCUGUUACACCACCUACCCUUUCGUCUAAUAUAGACUGGAAAGCCAAUGGGAACAAUAACUCACUUUUCCAACCUAUCAAACCGACGAAAAAGCUCUAUAAUGGACUCUCUAGAUAA